AUGGUGCUGCCGGGGUCCUGCUGCCCUCUCCAGGGACUCGUCCUGCCGUCCCGGGCGGCGGAGGGCUCGCUGUCCACCACGGGUGCCGGCCUCUCGCUGCCGCCCCUCCGGCCGGGAGCGGCGCCCCGCCGCCGCCCGUGCCCCCCGCUGCCCUUCCACUCGCUGCUCGGGCUGGGGCUGCUGCAGACCGGCCUGGGCUGCGCCCUGGUGGCGCUGAGCUUCGGGGUGCUGUCGCUGAGCAGCGCCCCGCAGGUGAAGAACGCCCUCUGGGCCGGCUCAUCGACAAUCUUAUGUGGAAUCUUAGGGUUAACAACAUGGAAGAGACCGAUGAUGCUUUUGGUUAACCUGUUUGUUCUGCUGUCUAUGAUCAGUGUCAUGCUGAACGUGAUUGGAUUAAUACUAGGAUGUGAAGGCAUUCAGUUUGUGUCUGGGGUACCCAGGUGUGAUUUGAUGGAUGAAAACAAGACCUGUUUAUGCUGUGAAGAACCUCAUCCCAGUGCAUGCACAGAAGUAGAGGCUGUACUGAAGCUAUACCAUGUGAAGUCAUGUGGUGCUGCUCACCUUCUUCUCAAGAAAGCUCUCUUAGCUCUUAGUGCCCUGAAUGCUCUCGCCGCUACAGUUUGCUUCAUAGCGUCUGCCCUGCAUUACUUGCAGAUACUUGCAUCAAGAAGAUCCUGCACAGGUGAAUCUGAGGUUGAAGACGAAGAUUAUGAUUUGGAUCCUGAUGAUUUUGUCCCACCUGUCCCACCUCCCUCCUAUUUUGCAACUUUUAAUUCUUGUGCCCCACGAACAAGUCACAGCACAGCUGCCUCUCAUGUGAUUUCUCUGCCCCAUAUUUAUGGAAUGCGAAUCAAAGGUGUUGAAGUGUUCUGCCGUCUGGACCCACCUCCACCUUAUGAAGCUGUGGGCAGCUUAAAAAGCUCUGAGCAGGGAGGUGCACCUCAACUAAAUGGCAUGGAAGAUGUUGAUUCAGGGGAAGUAAGUGACAGGCAGACCUCUCAAGCUGAAGAAAUUCAGGAGCCUUCCAGCAGAGUGAGCCUUUCCCCUUCAAAUGCAAGCUGUGUGUCUGCAGGAGUGAACAGGAGAGCCUUCAAUUCCUUGUGGAAAUACUCUAAAAGUGACCCUGUGCUCCAUUGCCAGCUGCCUCAAGGGACAGUUCUCAACUGUGAAACUGCAGCACUCAAUGAUGUAAAUCCACUUAACGAUAUCACCUUGCAGAAGAGUUCAAGAGCAAGAGCUUUGAGGGGAAGACCCCAAUCUCUGAUAGACUAUAAAUCUUUUAUGGAGACUAAACAGCGUGUGGCAAGGAUCCUUGAGCAGUCCUCCAGCAGCAUGAGCCCAGACAUAUAUGACGUGGUGGAAAAUAUCAAAUCUGUUUUAAAAUCAGAUGAGAAAUAUAUGGCAGAAGCUGUCACCAGUGCCACUUUCCUUGAGCAGGUGAUGACACAUGCUCAGCAAGCCACACCAUUGCGAGUCAGUGUGUUACCUCUCAGAUUACAUCCUGGAUUGCUGUUCCUGGAGAGCUGUGGUGACCUGAGUACUUUCACCACAGAGGGAGAACACCCAGCAGAGAGGAGAAUCAAAAGAGCAGAACAUGAACGGUCUUAUAGUCUUAUUGGUGUUGUCAGGGAAACUGUACUUUGAGCUGGGUUUUUGGUUAUUCCUCAGCAGAAGUCCCUCUGGCAGACAUACACAUACUGCAGAGGAAAAUAUCUCUGGCAAGUGGGUGAAUGAGUUUGUCAAUAAUUGCCUUCUUUUUUAAUAUUCUUAUGCUCAGACUACAGAGGGGAAGAUCAUUCUACAAAGACCAUUAAGCAGAUUGAAAACUGACCUUUAGUGGGCCCUCAGCUACAGCUCAUCUGUUUGUGAUACAUUAGUGCUGUGCAUCUCUGUGAAGUUUGGUAACGUGUAGUUGUGGGGUAUGAUGAUACAUUAUCCUUGUGGAAGGAGCUGUCAAAAGCAGUAUUGAAGAAAUUGGCACAUUUUUGGUACUUUGGUUUAAAUUAAAAUCUCCAGUCAUCAAAUGGAGCCCUUCAGAUACAAACUACGUUAGUAAAAAAAAUGGUGUACAGAAUUCUGAAGUUAUUCUUUACAAAAGAAAGUUGUUGAAGUGCAA